AUGUCAUCAUCCGAUGAGCAUUCUAAAUGCAAAACAAAAAAAGUUCAAUGUCAUUGUCCAAAAUGUAAAGGGAAAUUUGUAGAUCAAAGAACACAACAAGAGCAUAUCAGCCUAGCCGAUAUUGGUAAAUCUACAAAAACUGAAAUGCAAUCACAUUCAACUAAAUGCAAACAUGAAGAAGAACCUCUUUCUAAAUUCCAAAAACAUAGUUCAGAAAGUGAAGAUUCUGGAAACAUAUAUUUGAAUAGCGAUGUUUCUGAAAAUGAUGAAGAUGAGGAAGAACUGCUACCAGUAUUCCAACUGAAAAUUGAAGGUUCCAGAACUGAAUAUUCAAAUAACAAUAGUUUUGAAAAUAAUGAAAGCAAUAAUUCAGAAAAUGAAGAAGAUAGUACAACUAGUGACGAAAAUGAAGAAGAUAGUACAACCAGUGAAAAGGAUGAAGAAGGUAGCUCUGAUAUGGAAGACGAUAUAAUAAGUUUAUAUCUAGAAGAUGACUUUGAUGGAAAAUUAUUAAUUUCUAGAAAAUUAUCUAAAGGAAAAUUUAAAGAUGUAUUACCAGCUGAAGAAGAUGAUAUAAAUCUUGACCAACCUUUAGAAAUUUCACAACUAUAUGAUGUAUAUCAGGAAUCUGAUAAUAAUGAAUCUAUGAUAAUUGAAGAUGAAGUACCAGAUGAGCCAGAUGAUUUGCCUUCUUCAAGCGAUUCUUCGAAUGAUUUAAGUGAUUCGGGUAAAUCUUCAAUAGAUUCACAAGAACAUAAAUCUAUUAAUUUUAUUCCACCAGAAAUCGAUCCUAAAGUUUUUGAUCCACUGUUCAAUUUUGAAGAUAAUUCGAAUGAUUGGAUAAUCUUAUAG